CAUACAUACCUUAGACGUUGUGUACCCAGCAGCAAGAGCUAGCACGGAGUUGACAGCAAUUGAUCAGCUGGAUUCUACCUAUUGAUCAGCUGCAAAUCUCCAAACUCGGAAUCGUUCUCCAUUGUUAACCUACCGAUGUCGUUCACAAGGUCAAGGUUAAUUUCUUACUCCAAUUCUCUUUUUUCAUUUCACUUUCUCUCUAAACCUUUUUCUCACUCUCUGCAUCAAUUCACUCCUAAUCAUAUCAUUCAUGAUGCCAUUUCCUCAUUCCAUAGCUUGCUCCACAUGCAUCCUACCCCAUCCAUCAUCCAAUUUAACAAGAUUUUAGGUUUUCUUGCUAAGACUAAGAAUCAUUACACCACUGUUAUUUCCCUUUCGGACCAAUUGGAAUUCAAUGGAAUUACACCUGAUAUUGCUACUUUGACCAUCUUGAUCAAUUGUUACUCCCAUCUAGGUCAAUUGAAUUUUGCAUUUUCUACAUUGGCAAAGAUUCUUAAAUUAGGUUAUGAACCGAAUACCAUAACCUUGACUACACUUGUCAAUGGUUUGUGCCUUAAUGGUAAGGUGAGAGAAGCUUUGCACUUUCAUGAUUACGUGGUUGCGCGUGGAUUUCACUUUGAUCAAUUUGGUUAUGCGUCAUUGAUUAAUGGGUUGUGUAAAAUUGGGGAAACAAGAGCUGCCAUGCAAAUGUUGAGAAAGAUUGAAGGGAAAUUGGUCAGGCUUAAUGAGGUAAUGUAUAACACCGUUAUUGAUAGUUUCUGUAAAGAUAAAUGUGUAGACGAUGCCUAUGAGUUAUAUUCCGAAAUGAUUGCAAAGAGAAUUUCUCCUGAUGUUGUCACUUUCAAUUCUCUAAUCUAUGGAUUUUGUAUUGUCGGUCAAUUGAAAAAAGCGUCUAGUUUUUUAAAUGAGAUGGUGUUGAAAAACAUCUACCCGGAUGUUUGUACUUUUACUAUACUGGUUGAUGCUCUUUGUAAGGAGGGAAAUGUGAAAGAAGCUAAGAAUCUAUUAGUUGUGAUGAUGAAAGAAGGUGUAAUACCUAAUGUUGUUGUUUACAAUUCAUUAAUGGUUGGGUAUUGUCUAGUUAAUGAAGUGAAUAAGGCCGAGCAUGUGUUGAGAACUAUUUCUCGAAUGGGAGUAGCACCUGAUGUUCGGAGCUAUAGUAUCAUGAUAAAUGGAUUGUGUAAGAUGAAAAUGGUCAAUGAAGCCUUGAGUCUCUUUAAUGAAAUGUGUUGCAAAGGAAUUGCUCCUAACACAGUGACUUACAAUUCUCUCAUUGACGGUUUGUGCAAAUUAGGUAGAAUCUCGCAUGCUUGGAAGGUUGUUGAUGAGAUGCAUGAUAAUGGUCAACCAGCUGAUAUAUUCACUUACAGUUCUUUAAUAGACGCUUUAUGCAAAAACCAUCUUGUUGACAAGGCUAUUGCAUUAGUCAAAAACAUCAAAGACCAUGGCAUUAUACCGGAUAUCUACACGUAUAGCAUACUUAUCGACGGACUAUGCAAAGGGGGACAACUUAAAAACGCACAUAAUAUUUUUAAGGAUCUUUUGACUAAGGGUUAUUGUUUAAAUAUCCAAACUUAUACAAUUAUGAUCAAUGGAUUUUGUAAAGAGGGCUUGUUUGAUGAAUCAGAGGCCUUGCUGUCAAAAAUGGAGGACAAUGGUAUCAUUCCUAAUGCUAUAACAUAUGAAAUUAUUAUCCGAGCACUCUUUCAUAAAGAUGAGAAUGAAAAGGCCGAGAAACUUCUUUGUGAAAUGAUUGCUAGGGGUCUACUAUAAGAGUGAUUCUAGUCUACUGUCAAUAAACUUCAUUUAUUUUUAAGUGAGUCAAAUUACAAACCAAUCUCAGAAGAGAGAAGCGAACACUUUGAUAUAUGUGAAUUAGCAACCCGUCUAUGCUGGUUAGAGAUAAAAUGGUUCCUUUGUAUUUCCCUAUUGGCAGAGUCUAACAGUUGAACAUGUUGAUCCUGCGGUCUUUCAAGCUUCUCUAUGCACAAUCCGUGCUACAAUCCUUGAGUUACAAUUUUUCAAUCCUUGAACAUGGGAACGGGUGUUGCAAGAUAUUACAAUCCGUGCUACAAUCCUCGAGUUACAAUUUUUCAACCCCCUCAUGAUCUUGUGUACACUCUCGAUUUUUACAACAACGUAUCAAAGCUCAUUCCUUUUCCUCUUAAAUUCUGUAAUAUGGUAUGAAAUCAUGUUCAGUAAAACAAUUAUGUAUGGAUCAAACAUUGCCAUGGUUACAUCGGCUUACUUUAUUAUAUUUGUAAUACUUUAUUCUUUUCCUUCUCUCACUGCUAUCACUGAACAAUUAUGUAUAACAUUUUCACCUAACUGAUCUACACCUACAAUUCAAACAUUUUAAUUCAUGGAAAUUCACUUGUAUGACCACGCCGGAAGAGCUUGAUAAUCUAUCUAGUAACAUCUGAAUUGGUUCAAAGUAUACAAUGUAAAUCUGGUUUGUUACUGCUGUCACAUGCAGUACUUUAACUUGGAAUGUUCCUAUUUAUAUCUACAUGAUAUUGCAUUGAAAAGGAUCUUACUCUAAUAGGUUUGUUAAAUUUUGGUUCCAAAUAUAGCUCAUUGAAGUUGUUAAAUACAUGCAUCAAACUUUGCCUAGUUACAUUUUCUUGA